AUGGAAGUUACUCCUUAUGUCCCCUCGGAGUACUCACUGCCAAAAACAGAAUAUGAUCCGCAUCGAUUACCACCGAUCCGCUCAGGUGACUUAGUUUCAAAAUCGGACGAAACACCAAUUUAUACAGUUAAUAACAACCGUUAUGCAUUGCCGCCAUCGAAUAUUCUUCGAGCCAUAUCCGAUCAGCAAAGUGGUGAAAUCGACUCAUGGCCAGCAAAUGCUAGCGGUGGCAGUGGUGCUUUUAGAAACUUAGCAUUGACUAAUCAAGGUCGUCUAGUACACACGGGAGCAAGUUUACGCGGCAAAUUGGAUACAACACCUAAACCGAGAUUUUUAGCCAUUAUUGAAGAUUAUCUCUAUAGAGAAUUGAAAGCAUUGGGUGUAGAAGAUACCGUAGCAAAUGAAUCACGUUUACAAGUCUUUCGGGAAGUAUUUUCAACGAUCAUCGAUGAUUUUAAAACAUAUAAACCUCUUCUAUCAGCGAUUAAAAAUGAAUAUGAAAUUAUGUUAACACAUCUUAAUGAUAAAGUAAUAGAUCUUGAACCUCUUCGUCAACAAUUAGUUCUACUUAGUGAACAAUGUGAUAAAAAAUUAAUGCAAUAUCGUAAAGAAGAACGAGAAGAAAUAUCAUUAUUAAAAGAAGAAAAACGUCGUUUACAACAAACUAUUCGUCAAUUAACAAAUCAAAAUCAAAAUCUCGAAACAAAUAUUCAACGACUUCAAGACGAAGUGGCAAGUCAAUAUCAACUCUAUAGAAAAGAACUUGACGCAAGAAAAUUAUUAAUGAAUGAUGCCAAUGAUCUACGCAAUCAACAAGAAAAACGCAUCGAAGAUAAAGAAGGCAUUGAUGAACAAGGAAUGAAAAAAGAAGAUCCGAUUAUGAUGAGAAUCGCAUUGAAGCAAGCACGCAAAGAUCUUAAUGGAGCACUGGCAAAAAUAACGCAUAUGGAAGCUAAUUAUAAUGAUGUUGUUCCACGACGAGAUUUUGUUGCAUUAGAAGCUAAGUCGGGUGAAUGUCUUCAAAGAAUAAAAGAAUUACAAAUUGUUAACGAUAAUCAAAGCCAAGAAAUUGAACAACUUCGAACGCAAAAUGAAAAUAUCAAAGAAGAUAUUCAACGUUUACAACGUGAAAAAGAUGAAUUAAACCUGAAAAAUGAAAACAUUCAUGAUGAAAUGACUCCACGACCUUCAUGGAAUUUAGCCGGUGAAGUUAUUGAUGGUGGUGCUGAACGUUGGAUGAAUGUUUCCGUUAGUAAAACAAGCCAAGAAAAACUUGUUCUUUUGCUCAAUGAAUUUACUGGUGGCAACGAUGAUGAUGGCAGUGGAAAUCUGUCACAAACUACUACGAUACCAGAACAACUAUCGCCACGUGGCGAAGGUGAACAAGUUCCAUUUCAUUUACGUUCAUCUCGCGCUGUUAAAAAUCGUCGAUUAACACGACGUGAUGUUGCUGUUCUUAUUCAAGAGAUUUGGACCGAACGUCGUAUAUCAGACAAACAAGAUGGUCGAACAAAAAGUUUAUCGGAAUUUAUCUACGAAUUCUUUCGUAAUCGAUAUGGAAAUCAUAAUACGGCUGUUGAAAUGGGCUACAAUUUAGAUUAUUCAUGUAAACGAUUUAAAUACAAUGAGAAUUGUCAAUUAUUUUAUCAUAUUUUAUCUGGAGAAGCCGAUGAAGAUAUUUAUCAUUAUACAAAAAAUCUUAUUGAACAACUUGCUGAUCGUAUUAUUAAAGAAAGUGAAACACAUCCAAAUGGUACUGUUACAGCUGAUGCAUUUCAAAACAUGUUAGCAAAAUAUUUGCCGCAUAAAACACCAAGUGAUAUUUCUGAAUUGGUAGCUGCUACUGAAAAAGAACAACCAAAUACAGACCAACUUUCUGUAGCUAAGCUAUUUUCUGUCGAUGAUGAAGAUAAUUAUGGAGAAUUUAUUCGAGUCUUAAAACGACACUUAAAUGAAGAUAAACAAAGUUAUGUUCAUGAUGUAUCAGAAAAAAUCGAAAACUCAAGCUCGGUUUCUGCUAAAGAUCUGGAGCAAACACUACGCGCUAUUAAUCCUCAUAUUCAAACAAAUGAAUUGGCUCAUGUUGUUCAAUGGACCUUCGAAGCAAAAGACGGAAGCCAAAUACCAUCAAUGAGUGUCAAUGAUAUUUUACAACGCCUGCAAAAUGGUGUCUUCUUUCGACAACAUACUUUAGCAGCAUCAUAA